CGCGGGGCCGCCCGAGCCAGCAGAGCGGGAGUGCAGGGGACCGCGCUCCUGCCGCUGCCGCCGGAGCCUCGGGGCCUGGGAGCCGACGACUGUGCUGCGGGAAGGGCAGGGAGCCUGUGAUUUCUGGACGCCCGUGGACCAGGAUUUCAAGGACCAGCCCCCCGGUGGCCCGGUUUAGGGGGGCGGCUGCGGCAGGAGCCAACCUCAGGGCCUCGGCAAGGCCCCAGCGGGUCCUUCAGCAAAGAGGACUUGGACAGCUUCUACGAACGUGAUAGGAAUCAUGUGGCUGGAAAUUCUCCUCACCUCUGUGCUGGGUUUUGUCAUCUACUGGUUUGUUUCCCGGGACAAGGAGGAAACGUUGCCUCUUGAAGAUGGGUGGUGGGGGCCUGGGGCGAGGCCCGCAGCUGCAGAGGACGAGAGCAUCCGCCCUUUCAAGGUCGAGACUUCCGAGGAGGAGAUCGAGGACUUACACUGGAGGAUCGACAGGGUCCGUUUGACCCCACCUUUGGAGGACGUGCGCUUCCAUUUUGGCUUCAACUCCAAGUACCUGAGGAAAGUCCUUUCCUACUGGCGGAAUGGCUUCGACUGGAGGAAGCAGGUGGAGAUUCUCAACAGGUACCCUCACUUCAAGACGAAGAUUGAAGGGCUGGACAUCCACUUCAUCCACGUGAAGCCCCCCCAGCCGCCGUCCGGCUGCACCCCGAAGCCCUUGCUGAUGGUGCACGGCUGGCCCGGCUCCUUCUACGAGUUUUAUAAGAUCAUCCCGCUCCUGACCGACCCCAGGAACCACGGCCUGAGCGAGGAGCACAUUUUUGAAGUCAUCUGCCCUUCCAUUCCUGGCUAUGGCUUCUCAGAGGCAUCCUCCAAAAAGGGCUUGAAUUCAGUGGCCACGGCCAGGAUCUUUUAUAAGCUGAUGCUACGGCUGGGCUUCCAGGAAUUCUAUGUUCAGGGCGGGGAUUGGGGGUCCCUGAUCUGCACCAACAUGGCCCAGAUGGUGCCCAGCCACGUGAAAGGCCUGCAUUUGAACAUGGCUUUCGUUUUAAAUCCCGGCACCCUGACCCUUCUCCUGGGACGGCGUUUCCCGAGGUUUUUCGGCUACACCCAGAGGGAUAUAGAGCUGCUGUACCCCUUCAAGGAGAAGGUUUUCUACAGCUUGAUGAGGGAGAGCGGUUAUAUGCACAUCCAGGGCACCAAACCCGACACUGUGGGCUGCGCUCUGAACGACUCUCCCGUGGGCCUGGCUGCCUAUAUCCUGGAGAAGUUUUCCACCUGGACCAACCCGGAGUUCCGAGACCUGGAAGACGGAGGCCUGGAUAGGAAGUUCUCCCUGGACGACCUGCUGACCAACGUCAUGCUCUACUGGACGACGGGCACCAUCACCUCCUCCCAGCGCUUCUACAAGGAGAACCUGGGCCAGGGCUUCAUGGCCAACAAGCAUGACCGGAUCAAGGUCCACGUGCCCACAGGCUUUGCUGCCUUCCCUUGUGAGUUAAUGCACGUGCCAGAAAAGUGGGUGAAGUUCAAGUACCCAAAACUCCUCUCCUACUCCUACAUGGCCCGCGGGGGCCACUUUGCCGCCUUUGAGGAGCCCGAGCUGCUGGCCCAGGACAUUGGCAAGUUCGUGGGGCUGCUGGAGCAGGGCUGAUGGCCGCAGGGCGGGCUGUCACCCCGCAGCUCCCUCGCCGAAGGCUGCCCCCGCCCCCCGGGCAGCUCCCGAGGAGCAGCGAGCCUCCCCCCUCCCCGUCUUCUCCUGGUGACAGUGUACACCCCCACGCCUGCUCCCGCCCCUGCCGGGCCCCUGCUCACUGCCUGCACGAGAGCAGGGGUAAUAAAUGAUUUUAUUCUAA